UGGAAAUGACAGCGUUAACUACAUGUAGCUGUGUGAGGGUUUGGGUCUCAUAUAAAUUUUCCAGUAAGAGUUCUGAUAGAUGACAAAAAAUAGUUUUUUACUUGGCUAUGGAGUUCCUCAUCCCCUUAAUGGUGGCCUAAUAUUUCAGUCUAGUCUCCAGGUUUUGAUCUCGAUUGAACCAGAAAAGUUACGGAUCCUUCCCUUUGCGACUCUUUCCUGUAGUUGUGAGCAAUGGAAACACCAAAAGGACCAUCUCAUCUCCUUCUGCAGCUAAUUUAUAUUACAUUGUUUCCAGUUUUUGCAGCACAAAAAGCCAAUGUCUUACCUAAAGUGACUGGAUACCUUGGAAAAGAUGUCACCCUGUCUUGUAAGUUAAUCCAAGGAUCAACACAUACCAGUGUUACCCAGGUUCAGUGGGCUUUCCAGCAACGAGAAGGAACUGAAACAAAGGACACCAUUAUUGUUUUCCACCAUGAAUUUGGAAUGAAUAUUUCUGACUCUCCACUGAAGGAGAGAGUGAACUUGGAUGAAUAUUCAUUGAUAAUUAAGAAUGUGGAAAUGAGAGAUAAAGGGUCCUACACCUGCAGCAUUUCCACCUUUCCCAGUGGUACAUUUGAAGGAACCACCAAACUUGAUGUUCAAGAAAAGCAAUUUACAGCAGAGAUGGUUACUGCUGUAGUGAUUGCUGUCGUGCUGCUGUUUGUCAUCUUGGUGGCUGUGGUUUUUCUCAUCUACUUCAGGAGACGUCAUUCUUCAGCCAGGCAUCGUGUUGUCACUGCUGGUCCAGUGAGUGAUGGGGCCGGGCAAUCUGAGGAUGUGGUCUACUCUGAUGUCAAGCUGAAAUCAUCCAGAGAUGUCUCUCCUUUAUUCAGUAAGAAGCACAGAGAUGCCGCGCACGCUGACGACGUUACGUACUCUGAGGUUGUGAUUUCUCAUCAGCGGCCCAAAUCAGACAUGGAGUAUGCUUAUGUUUAGCAUUUUUUUUUAACCAUCUUCUGUGUCGGAUUAGUACCUAAUGAUAAUAUUAAUGCUUUUUUCAGGUGUUUUGUCAUAACCAAAGAAAUAUUUUGGCCUCGUGGCUUUGUUUGUGUGUGUGAGUGUAUGUGUAAUGUGUAUGGCAACCCUGUGGGUGCUAGAAAAGAAAAGCAAGUCAGUAGAGCAAUCAGUGUACCAAUCAAUCUAGCAGAUGCUGAUGUAUUACAGCAUAAAAUAAAAUUAUGCCUAAAUUAUCCAGUUGUAGCAAUAGGGGAAAAUUGGGACUCGCAAAACUCUGUACACCAGAAAUCUUAAAUAUCCAGCUAAUAACUGCUGGCAUAUUUCACUCUGAAACUUAUUUUGAUACCAUAAAUGUGUGUAAAAUAUGUUACAGCAAUCUAAAUCAGCCAAGUUUAAAAGAAAACAAACAAAACAGUCUUGACACCAUUUAGUCAGUGGAUCGAUUUUUUGCAGGGAGGAAAAGUACGAGCACAAACGGCCACAGUGAGCUGCUUUCUGCAAACCUCCAACCUGUCACGAAUGUCAACAACUAAUUCUCUUACUCUUAUGGAGUGAAGCACCUGCAUGGUCAUCUGUACCACUUGUGCAAAAACAAACUCCACCUGAUGUUAACUCUGCAGUCUAUCUAUGCAUUUCUGCAGGACAGUUCAGUCACAUGAAGCAGUCCGUUCUUGUUUUAGGCGUUCCCAGUAAAGUCACGCUGGCUUGCAGCAUGUCACGUGACCUGUCAAGUUUUAAGUAUGUGACCAUAAAAGUAAAAUUACCCCGGAGAGAAGUUCUGCUCCAGACAAAUGCAAGUUCAUGUUACUUCUCUGCAAACCGUCAAAGGAGGAAGCUGGAAAGAAACGGAAGAUAAAAGCAGAAAGUUAUACAAUGAGCAGAGAACUAACUGGGCAAUGCAGAAACCAGAAAUAGGUUCAAAUGACAGAAAGGUUCAACAUCCUCUGCAGUAAAAUCAACUUCACUGCCUGUUGCCUUUGUUGAAUACAGCAGGUGCAAACCAAAAUCAAGAACUGUGAAGAUCAGCGUUGUAUGUUGUCCAAUGUCAUAAGUCAUAGUUUGAAUUGAAGUACUGCAUCCUGCCCAGUGUUCUGUCUGCUUCGGUCUUUUGUGAAAAAUAUUGCUCAAUGUUAAUGUCACAACCCAGUUUGCAGGUGUUGGGUUGUGAACAUAACUUAUGACAAAACAUGGUUUGCAAAGUGGCUGUCCUGUGGAAAAGUGAAAAUAUCACCUUGACAAUCAACUGCUACUUUCUAGCAUUUCCUGAUGUUGUAAUUUGGUCGUGGGUGUGAAAACACUGAACACAAGGUUAGCGUACAUGUACUGUCUCCAGACUUAGUCGGUGUUGUCAC